CACAACCCUUCUGUCACACUAACAUCAUUCUCUCUAUUCUCUUUCUCGAGCACACACAUUCCCUCUCUCUCUCUCUCUCUUUCUCUCAUACACAUCAAACCAUAUAUCACCACCGAUUAGAAAUCUUCAGCCAUCAAGAAAUAAAUCCAACCACCAUCACCAUUGAACAAAUCGAGCAAGACAACCUACGAUACUCCAAGGAUCUCACUUUUUUGUUUUCCUCCACUGACAUGCACCAUGCUGGUUACGUGAUAACGGAGGUGUUCGUCGUGUUUUCUUUGUUGUGUAUGUUUGUUUACGAGUGUGUCAUUCUCAGAGGCGAUAGAUAUAAAGACAAUAGCAAUGGCGAAGGAACUCAUGAAGGUCAACUUGAAGAAGCUCUCAGAAGCGGUGACAUGUUAUUUGUGCAAGAGAUGGCUGAGAAACGCAGCCACUAUAACAGAAUGCUGUCAUAGCUUUUGCAGGGAAUGUAUAGAAAAGAAGUUAAUAGAUGAGAAAUUAAAUCAUUGUCCGGUUUGCAAUACAGACUUGGGUUGUUCUCCACUCGACAAAUUAAGGUCAGAUACUCGUAAGCAAGAUUUGAGGGACAAAAUUUUCCCACCUCAAGAUUAUAAUGAUGAGGAACCUGCCGAUAAAUUGGUAGAAAAAAUAAAGAAGAAUUUAGUUUUGUCAUCACAACCCAAUAGAGAAAUAUCCAAAUCUGGUUUUAGAAAAGAAGCAGAUCUUUCAUCUCCCAAACCUGAUAAAGUGGAAGAUGCAAAGGAAGAUGAAAAGCAGGGUGAGGCUGAAUUUGGGGAAGAAGGUGCUACAAUUGGAUCCGCUAGAAGAGCGAAAGCUGCGGCAAGAAUAAAAUUUAUCUGCCCUGCACAACCUUCAGGAAAAGAAAAGACAGAGGGUGAUCAGCCUCGAGUUGAAACUUCCAGCGGAACUCUCAAAAUCAGAAUUCCGGUAAAGAAUCCUUCAAAACCAAACACUGAGUUAAGGAAAGAAAAGGCUGAAAUGUUUGAGCCAGUAAAAAGCAAGGUGGGAGCUGGAAGAAAACGCAAGUCCCGUAAUAAUUCCACCAUGCAAGAAAAUGGUGCGACUUCAGUACCUGUGCACUCUAAUGACGAUGACCCUCAGGUUGGUAUGGUCGAAAUCGACAACCGUAGUCACAAAACUGAUGGUAAGAAAAACGAGUCAAUUCCUUCGAGCUCUGAAUCAAUGAAACCUAUUGCGAGCAUCCAAGAAAGAAGGCCAAAACUCUCGGAGGACUUGAACUUUCCAGCAGCAGCUGAAACUGAUUCCGACAGUGAAAGCAGCAGAGAGUUUGGUCCAAUCUGGUUCUGCUUACUUGCUUCGGAAGAGAAUAACGGACUUGAACCACUGCCACAACUAUCUUCGUGUUACCUACGGGUCCAGGAUGGCAAUGUGACCGUUUCCUAUAUAAAGAAGUAUCUGGUGAAGAAGCUCGGUCUUGCAAGUGAAAAUGAGGUGGAGAUCUCAUUAUAUGGGCAACCUGUUUUAUCUUCAUGGAAACUGAACAGCUUAGUAGACAUGUGGUUGCGAGCAAUGCCAAAGAAUGAGAUUGUGACAACUUUUGGAAGUUCAGCCAAGGAUUUUAUUAUGGCUCUUUCGUAUGGUCGAAAGGCUUAACACCUCAAACUACCCUCCUUGGUCUUAGAGAAUGUUUAUUAUUUUUAUGUCUAUUAGAAGCACCUAGCUUUUUUUAUUGAACAUUUGCGGUAUAUACAUUAUACCCUUGAGUUUACUAUAGAUUUUGUUGUUUAUUGGAAUUAGAUUUUCUUUUUAUGCUA